GUCCCACCCAGGCAGUUGCUUGGCAACCGGUUUGCGUCCUCCCCGAAACAGACACCUGUGCAGCGAAGAAGGCCACUUCCUACGCUUAGACUUCGCGCUCUCACUUAAAGCGCGGACAACAGUUGUCCCAGGUGUCCGUGGAGUUUAUCGUGGCAUGAUGGGUUAUGGGACGGCAGCCACCGCAGUGACACACCUCAGGGGACAAAUUGCCCAAGUUUUCCUCCUGCGAGCCCUCCUUGAGAGCAGUUAGAAGAGGAAGCAAGUGGCUGCUUAUCCUAAACUUGGAAGACACCCUGGGGGCGUCCUGGCAUUCUAGAAAGCAAGUAGCUUCUGUCAGUUCCGUAGUUACAGGAGGGAGGCCGAGAUAACCUUGGGCACCUGCCUCAGAGUGAACCUGAGGAACCUGGGGACAAGUGACAGACUCUCCUCCAGCUCGUCAUGAACCGCAGAGUUUUCCUCUUGCUGGAAAAACACUUCCAAGAGUUCAGAGAGAACAAUUAUACGGGUAUUACUGCCUUUCCAACGAGUGAAGACAUGAUGGAAUGGGAGGCUGAAAUUGAAGGUCUUCAGGAUUCAAUGUGGCAAGGACUCAUCUUUGAGCUGACAAUAGAUUUUACGCCAGAGUACAACUUUGUCCCUCCAGUGGUGAAAUUUAGAACAAUUCCUUUUCAUCCAAAUGUAGACCCCUAUACUGGUCAACCAUGUAUAGAUUUUUUGGACAACCCUGAGAAGUGGAAUACAAGCUACACGUUGAGCAGCAUCUUACUCACUCUACAGGUUAUGCUGUCUAAUCCAGGGCUAGAACAGCCAGUGAAUUUGGAAGCAGCCCAAAUGCUGAUUGAAAAUGAAUCUGUAUACAGAACACUACUUCAAAGACUUUUCCACAAGUCAUGCGAAUCAAAAGAUGAUGGCCAGGAGUUACCUAAAGACUCUCAGAAGCUUAGCAGACCAAUUAAGACAAUCUCAUUUUAUGAAUACCACAAGACAUGGUCUGGAAUAGCUACAUCAAAGGCCUCAGAAUUCUACAAAACUCCAUUGCUUAAAGAUCCAGAGUUCCUUGGACAGUAUUAUAAAUGGAAGAAAAUAGAUCUACAAUAUCCUAAAGAAUGGAAAUUAAAGUAUGCUGCUACCAAGGCUCGGUUUUCUAGGGAAACUAGAAUGCAUGGCCAUGUCAGUCCCUCAACCAAAAGAAUGCAUCGCCUCCCAACUACAAUAGACGACGCUUAUCCUGAGUCACAAACCAACAGCGAUGUCACAGAUUCCAAUGAAAAAGAGGCGGGGUGGAAGAGCGAAGCUUCCUCGUUUAAUAGCGACACGGAGGAGGACUGGGAAGAGGAGGUGGACGAUCUGGUGGCCUGGACCAACACUCUCAACACAGAGGCUUUAGAAGAGCAAGCCUAGAACUCCAGGGCUCAAAACAUACGCAGCCCCAACCACCCAACCGCGGCUCCGCUGCAGGGAGUAGGUAGCUUUGGAAGGCUCUCAGAAGUUGGAUUCUGUUGUUUUCAAACUAGCCUCAUCCUCUCGCUCCAAGAACAAAUUAGAAAUAUAAGUCCAAAUCGG